GUUAGCGUCAACCAGAAUGCCGGUGCUGGACUCAGUCCUGUUUCCUUGUCCAAUCAUUUACCUCCAGCAGUUGUCCUCUGCUGCUCCACCCUGCUCCGUCCUCCAGUGCUCCAGUCCUCCAGCAGCCUGCAGACGUUCAGACACUGACCUGUCCUGGCCGCUCCUGACUGUCUGCAUUGCAUCGCUGGGAUGGGCUUCACUGACCUGCUGGACCAGGUGGGUGGCUUUGGCAGGUACCAGUGGAUCCAUGUGAUCCUAAUCAGUUUACCUGGUCUGAUGACGGCGAGUCAGAACCUGCUCAACAACUUCGUCUCAGGAAUCCCAGUCCACCACUGCAAACCAGCCACCAAUCAGAGCCUGCAGGACCUGGGGCGCAUCUACCAGGUGGACGAGCAGCAGCUACUGAAGGUCUUCAUCCCUCCAGAUCCUUCAGGAAAUAGACUCGACCGCUGCAGGAGAUAUGUGGAGCCGCAAUGGCACAUGUUGAGCCUCAACAUUUCUCUGAACGCCCUGAACGUCAGUGAGCUGCAGACCGAAGGAUGCGUGGAUGGAUGGAGCUUCGACCAAUCAGAGUUCUCAGCCACCACCGUCUCCGAGUGGGACCUGGUGUGCUCUCUGCGUCCUCUGAAGCAGAUGAUCCAGACCAUCUAUAUGGGUGGUGUUUUAACCGGAGCCAUUGUGUUUGGUGGCCUGUCGGACAGGUUUGGCAGGAAGUCUGUCCUUAUAUGGUCAUAUCUACAGCUGGCUGUUCUUGGCUGUAGCUCCGCCCUCUCUCCUUCAUACACCGCCUAUUGCAUCUUCAGGUUUCUGAGCGGGAUGGCCAUGUCUGGAAUCAUCCUCAACGGAGUCUCACUCAAGGUGGAGUGGAUCCCAACCAAAACACGGACAGUAGUGGGGACUCUCACCUCCUUCUUCUUCACCUUUGGUCAGAUAAUCUUGGCAGGCCUUGCCUAUUGGCUGAGAGACUGGAGGAAGCUCCAGGUGGUCGUCUGCGCACCUCAGUUCCUGUUCUUCACCUACAGCUGGUGGUAUGCAGAGUCAGCUCGUUGGCUGGUGAUGAACCGUCGGUCUGAGGAAGCCUUAAAGAAUCUCCACAGAGUCGCUCGGAUCAAUAGGAGACCAGAGGCCAUCAACAAACUGACCUUGGAGGUACUUCACUCUCACAUGAGUAAAGAGAUUGAGUCGAGCCGUUCAUCGUUUACAGCCUUCGAUCUGCUGAAGACCAGAAGGAUAAGACGCAUCUCCAUCUGUCUGACAGCCGUCUGGUUCUCCACCAGUUUUGCUUACUAUGGUUUGGUGAUGGACCUGCAGAAGUUCGGGGUAAGUAUUUACCUGAUGCAGCUCAUCUUUGGAGCCGUAGAUAUUCCUGCAAAGUUCUUGGCUCUGGGCAUGCUCAGUUACCUGGGCAGGCGGGUCACCCAGGUGUCGUGCCUCUUCCUGUCGGCUGUCAUCAUCUUUGCCAACAUCUUUGUCCCCACAGACAUGCAGAACCUCAGAACCUCCCUAGCCUGUCUGGGUAAAGCCUUCACAUCGUCCUCCUUCACCACCGUCUACCUGUACACCGGAGAGCUCUACCCCACUGUCAUCAGGCAGACAGGAAUGGGCUUCGUCUCCAUGAUGGCGAGGAUUGGCAGCAUGGCGGCGCCUGCAGUUCUGAUCCUGGACGAGGUGUUUCCUGCACUACCCAGUGUGGUCUAUGGGGGCGCUGCAGUGCUGGCGAGCGGUUUCGCCUUAUUCCUGCCGGAGACGCUCAACAAGCCGCUGCCCGACACCAUCGAGGAUGUGGAGGAAAGCAGGUCUGGAGGAAGCUGUGGCUCCCACCUGAAAGAGGGCGUGGCUCUGGACGAGGGCAAUGCUUCUCCUGAUGACUGGGGUGUGGUCACAAAUGAAGGCGUGGCCUUAAAAGGACUGAAUGAGAAAGAGGGAAAUGGCCUCAAUGCUCUCUAACCAAUCACAGGAUGCUACAUCACAGGGUCUGGACCAAUCACUGCAGACCAAUUAGCCACGUGAACGAUUUUAACAGUAAAGUUUAAUCUGUAAUCAAUAAGCAGGUGAUUGUUUAGAGAUGAGAAGAACCUGAACUGCCCAGAUGAUGAAUGACGUUUAAUGUCUAGAGUUGAGAUAUGAAUAAAUUGACUGAAGACACUGAUUAUUGAUCACUGAUUAUUGAUUACUGAUUAUUGUCCAAAGCACUUAUUGGCUGCCGUCAAUAAACAUAUUGAUAAUCUGAGUCUGAUCUGUUUCUUUUCUCAGCCACAUGGUUCACAGGUCAUGUGUGCUUUAAGAACAUUCAGCAGGGAUCACGGAUGUUCUGCUUUUCAGUUUACCCGUUUGUUUUGUCAUCUCCUUUUCUGUACUAUAAUAAUAACUAAUUUUUUUUUUUUUAUGCUCAUUAUAUCUUGAGAUCUCAAAGGGCUACGUUGUGUCACUGAAAGGCAUCAGCAGAAUUAAUAAAUCUGUUCUUUCAUCAAGUUCUGGUCCAUGCGAACAGAACUGUCCACUUACUGUCUAAGAUUAUAAUAAAGACUUAGACUCUAAGCUUUGUUUUAGCAGUGACCCGGUUCAGGUUCUGUUCAGUCAUCAUCUGUGUUUUGAUCCAUUCAGGGUUCAUUCCCCUACAGUUUGCUAGUUGAUGGCCCAGCUGGAAGUGAUAUUGAGUGGUGUGGGAGGAGCUUGUUUUCUCAAACAAAUUCUCCAUCUACCUAGAGCCAGUUUCCAAUUCACCCCAAGAGACAAACAUACUUGUCCAAUGUACAGGAGUACCAAAACACAUCAAACAGAUUGAAAUUAAUCCUGGUAAUUUCACAUUACAUCAAGUUCAGGUUAUGAUGGUGAGUAAACCAGACAUUUACUGGCUUCAUCAAGUGGCAGUAGAAAGAA